CUUCCUCUUACCAAACACUACCACACCAAUAUCGUGAUAUACGAAUCACAUAUUCACACACGCAAGUCGACACCACUUGCCCCGAAUCAGCUAGACUGCGAUCACAGCACCCAAUCUUACAGCGUACACAGUCUAUUCACCAUGACUAAGGCAGUCGGAAUCGAUCUCGGCACCACGUACUCUUGCGUUGCUGUCUGGCAAAAUGACCGAGUGGAGGUCAUUGCCAAUGACCAGGGUAACCGCACCACUCCUUCAUACGUUGCUUUCACAGACUCGGAGCGAUUGAUCGGAGAUGCUGCCAAGAAUCAAGUCGCCAUGAACCCUCACAACACUGUCUUCGACGCCAAGCGAUUGAUUGGACGCAAAUUCGACGACGCAGAAGUGCAAGCAGAUGCAAAGCAUUGGCCGUUCACCCUCGGCAACAAUGGUGGCAAGCCCGUCAUCAAGGUCGAGUACAAGGGCGAGGAGAAGACGUUUACACCAGAGGAGAUCUCAUCCAUGGUCCUGCUCAAGAUGCGCGAAACCGCAGAGGCUUACCUUGGCGGCACAGUCAAAGACGCCGUCGUGACUGUACCUGCAUACUUCAAUGACUCACAACGUCAGGCUACCAAGGACGCUGGUAUCAUUUCUGGUCUCAACGUGCUCCGCAUCAUCAACGAGCCCACCGCAGCUGCCAUCGCAUACGGUCUCGACAAGAAGUCCGAGGGCGAAAAGAACGUCUUGAUUUUCGAUCUGGGAGGUGGUACCUUCGACGUGUCUCUCUUGACUAUUGAGGAGGGUAUCUUCGAGGUCAAGGCCACCGCUGGUGACACUCACCUUGGCGGCGAAGACUUUGACAAUCGAUUGGUCAACCACUUUGUCCAAGAAUUCAAGCGAAAGAACAAGAAGGACCUCACCUCCAACGCUCGCGCUCUCCGUCGUCUGCGAACUGCUUGCGAGCGUGCGAAGCGUACCCUGUCUUCUGCGGCUCAGACCACCAUCGAGAUCGACUCGUUGUUUGAGGGCAUCGACUUUUACACCUCCAUCACUCGUGCUCGUUUCGAGGAGCUGUGCGGCGACCUGUUCUCUCACACCAUCGAGCCCGUCGAGAAGGUCCUGCGCGACUCAAAGAUCGACAAGUCGAGCGUUCACGAGAUCGUCCUCGUCGGCGGUUCCACGCGUAUCCCUCGUGUACAGAAGCUGCUCCGAGACUUUUUCAACGGUCGCGAGCCCAACAAGAGCAUCAACCCCGAUGAGGCCGUCGCCUACGGUGCGGCCGUGCAGGCAGCCAUUCUCAGCGGUGACACAUCCGAGAAGACUCAAGAUCUCUUGCUGCUCGACGUUGCGCCUCUGAGCAUGGGUAUUGAAACCGCUGGUGGUGUCUUCACUGCUCUCAUCAAGCGCAACACCACCGUUCCCACCAAGAAGAGCGAAAUCUUCUCCACCUACGCCGACAACCAGCCCGGUGUGCUGAUCCAAGUCUUCGAGGGUGAACGUGCACGCACGAAGGACAACAACCUGCUGGGCAAGUUUGAGCUCACCGGCAUUCCUCCUGCUCCUCGCGGGGUUCCUCAAAUCGAGGUCACCUUCGACUUGGAUGCCAACUCCAUCCUGAACGUGUCUGCCUCGGACAAGACCUCCGGCAAGUCUGAGCGCAUUGCCAUCACCAACGACAAGGGCCGUCUCAGCAAGGAGGAGAUCGACGCCAUGGUCGCCAACGCUGAAAAGUACAAGGCAGAGGAUGAGGAGGCAGCAGCGAGAAUUAGCGCCAAGAACGGUUUGGAGUCUUACGCCUACUCGCUCAAGAACUCUCUCAACGAGGAAGGCUUCAAGUCCAAGCUCUCUCCCGAGGAAGUGGAGAAGCUCAACGGUGCCAUCAGCGAGACCAUCUCCUGGCUCGAUGGCGCUCAAGAGGCAAGCAAGUCAGAGUACGAGGAGCAGCAAAAGACGCUCGAGGGUGUGGCGAUGCCCAUCGUCACCAAGGCUGCUCAAGCCGGCGGCGCACCUCCUGGCGCUGGCGGACCCGGCGGCUUCCCAGGUGCUGGCGGCGCACCAGGUGGCGGUGCCGCACCUCCCUCUGACGACCUCGAGGUCGACUAAGCGCGGGGCAAUCUGUAGCACUUGCAGUCUUCUCUUUCUCUUUCCCCUUUUCGCACGGUCUCUCUAGUUUGACGAGCCGUGAUGCGCCGUGAUGUGUCUGUUUCUGUUCGCUCCACACACGACACGCCUCUGCACACGAAGCAACCCUUUUGUAUCAAGUCACGCUUCUUUUAGACUUUUCCACACACACACAUCCAAAAAGACGAGACCAUAGCUUUGCGC